AUAGUGGCUAGUAUGCUCGCUUGUCAUUUGCUGUGACCGCGGGAGACCGGAGUUCAAUUCUCCGACAGAGAGCAUGGUGUUCGCAAGGAAUGCUUUUUGAGUCAUUGGAGAGGAGGAGGUUGACCCAUGUGGUGCGGAGCGGAAGACGUCGAGCCCGCGAGCUCAUGCGUCACUCUCCAUAGCUCCAUCUCCCUACUUCGCGUCGACGGGUUGAAAUCACCGUCCACACCUGUGUCUUCGCUCGCCGCCACACACUCCGCCGAUCUCCAUGGCCCACGAUCUCCUCCCGCUCCGCACCCAGCGGCUGAUUAUCUCCCCUCUCACCUCCGCUGACCGCGAGGCCUUCGUCGCGUAUCGCGACAACCCGAACAUCGCCCGACAUCAAGGCUGGGACGUUCCGUAUACGGUCGAGGCCGCGAACGCGCUCCUCGCGGGCCAGCCGACAACCUUCCCUCCUCCCCCUGGCGCGUGGCUCCAGCUUGCCAUCCACUCCUCCCCUUCCUCGUCCUCCAUUGCCACUUCCACUUCCUCCUUGUUCACCCCGUCCUCCCCCUCCUCAGUCCUGCUUGGCGACCUCGCCGUCCACACCCACGCCCACCAACCCAAUACCUACGAGAUCGGGAUCACCAUCACGCCCGCCGCGCACCGUACAGGCGUGGGCGCCGAGGCGCUCUCAGCCCUCCUCGACGCGCUGUUCCGUCUUGGCGCGCACCGCGUUGCGGCGCGCAGCGACGUGCACAAUCCUGCUGUGGGGGGGUUGUUGCGCAAAGUCGGGUUUGCGCUGGAGGGGACGGCGCGCGAGGUCGACUGGCAUAAAGGCGCAUGGCAGACGCUGCAGUACUGGGCAGUGCUGAGGAGCGAUCGCGAGGAUGCUUAGCGCCCGACAGCACCAUUGGAGUGCAUGGAGUGACAUGAGGUGAGGUGGAUGUGAACCGACGCGCGGAUAGGGUGGACGGGAUGGGAUGGUGGAGUCGCGUCACCCGGCGUCACCCGCUCACCCGAUCACCCGCUUCCGCAUCUCGC